AUGCGUAUCCCAUACAUGGCACUCGUCGUCGCUUCUGCACUCGUUGCAAGCACAUCUCAUGGCGUCCAAGCUGUGCCCGACUCGGUCAAGUCUUCAUCCCUGCGGUCGCGCGUCGAUGCUAGAGGCCAGCUCGAUGUCAACGGCAGGACGAUCCGAUUCCUGACAAGCGGCAACCACCAGGCGACUGGCUACGCAGCUUCAGCGCUGCAUGGCAAGAGGUCGCUCCGGGCCUUGUCCCAGGCAAGCAAGAAGAAGGGUUAUCAAGACAUUGCUGAGGAAAAGGAUGAGGCUGAGAACGAAGAGGAAGAUGAGAACGAAGAGGAAGAAGACGAUAGCUCGUCCACGAGCUCGUCUGAUAACCUGCAGUUGAAGGUGGAUGUGAAUGGUAAAUCCGUCGUGAACACAGACGGCGACUCGAGCGAAUCGGACAAGUAG